AGACGGCUUUAUGGCCUGUAAUGGAGCGUGUCCGCUGGGCCUUUCCUUGCGCCGCUUGGCGCCCCGGCUGCCGGGACUGGCUGCUGGCCGCGCGGCUCGUGCAGCCCGAGGAGCGGGACCGCGUCCGCCGGCUCGUCUUUGCCCGUGAUGCCAAGGCGGCCCUGGCUGGGCGUCUGCUGAUAAGGAAACUAAUCGCAGAAAAACUGUGGAUACCUUGGAAUGAAAUAGUCUUGCAAAGGACAUCGAAAGGGAAACCUUUCCUGGCAAAUAGCAUAUCCAGUAUCCAUUCCAAUUUCAACUUUAAUGUGUCUCAUCAAGGGGAUUAUGCUGUCCUUGCAGCUGAGCCUGAACUUCAGGUUGGCAUUGAUAUCAUGAAGACUAGUUUGCCAGGUAGUGGUUCAGUUCCAGAUUUCUUUCGCAUUAUGAAGCGCCAGUUUACAGAUGCUGAGUGGGGUGUAAUUGAGUCCAUGAACAAUGAAUGGAUGCAGCUGGAUAUGUUUUAUAGGCACUGGGCACUGAAAGAAAGCUUUAUAAAGGCUAUAGGCAUUGGUCUAGGCUUUAAUCUGCAAAGGAUUGAGUUUAAUGCAUCCCCAUUGAAGCUGGAAGUAGGAAAGGUAUACAAGGAGACAAAAAUGUUAUUGGAUGGGGAUGAAGAAGAGGAGUGGACUUUUGAGGAAACCCGGUUAGAUGAUCACCACCAUGUUGCAGUUGCUCUUGGGAAACCAAAAGGAAUUGGACAAAAGCAUUCUGAAGUUCUUUCUACAGAACUGACACAGCCACAGUUCACUGUGUUGACUUUUGAAGAUUUAGUUGCCUCUGGUAUUCCUAUAUCACCUGAAGACCCUGCACAGUGGGAUAUCUUUUGUUCAAAGCAGGAGUGCCCAGCACGACAGAGUUCUCAUUCAAGAUAAGACUGCAUUUACAAGGGGGAAAAAAACCUGAACAUUUUCAAAGACUUCACACUUACGGUCCACAAUUGUGAAUGGGUGUUUGUAUACAGAUAAAAAGUAUAUUGCUCUAUGCAGACAAAGAUAAGGUUUGCCAGCUUCACAAAGCUGAUGUCUUUGCCCCUUUGUCCCAGAUAAUGGGUUCAUUUUCAGACUGAAGAGACUCUGAAAUUAGAAGUCUAGGUUGAUCCCACACCUUUUCUUCCUUAUGUAAUUUGCUUUUCCUGGUAUGCAGUUCUCACAUCUCCCUCAUUGCCCCCUGCCAGGAGCAAUGAGCAGAGCUAUGUUAAUGUGGCUCUUAACGAGCCAACAAGUGUUUAAUAUUUAAAGAGAAUGUGGUUUUGUACUUAAUUUAUGCUGCUGGUGUUUAAGCAAUAUUAUUUCCUCUCCUUUAUGAAAUUAUAAUUUUAUUCUCAAAUGGAUGUGAAAAGCCAAAGUAAAGCAGUUGGGUACUGAUGAUGGUGCUGUUAUACAGUGCAUAUUCUAUAGAACAUGAUUAAACUUAAUCUGGCACAAGA